GCUCUGUUUCUUCUUUUGAAUUCCUUAUUGGAGUAUAGCGGUGUUGAUCCUGCAAAGAGUCACGGCACGGGAGUGUUGGAAAAUGUCGUGGAUAUCUGAAUUAGGAACUAGAUUGGUUGUAGUUUGACGUCGUGACUUUAGAUAAUUCUAGUCUCGCAGAUUGCACCUGUUUAUUGUUUUGGCACGACAAAUGAAGACUGGUAGUUUUAACUGCCCAAACAAUGCCAAAUCUCUAGUGCGUUUGUAAGGAGAAUUUUCCGUAAAUUUGACCUCUGCCCAAACUCUCGCGUGGUAAGGUUAGGGAAGUUGCUCCAACUUUGACUAUGAUUUUGGUCGAUUCAAUUAACGUGCAGAGGUGGAUUUUUGUUGACAAAAUUUAGGAUAAUUUGUCAGUGAUCGGUGGUCCUAGUCCAUUCCCCAAAGUCUAAUAAGCAUAAAAUUCUGCCGAACAGAACCAUGAUAUAUUCUGAGUCGGUGCUUAGCCAAUUUUACCAAAAAAAAAAAAGAAAAGAAAAAGUGAACUUGAGGUUGUUCUGUUUCUGUUGAUUAUAUAAAAUUCUAUCGAGGGAUGUUUGAUUUUUUUAAGAAAAGAUGAAAAACUAUGUUCAAUUUGCAUAUUUUUAUUUUCAUUUGCUGUUAGAAGCUCUAGUCUAAUGGAAAAUAGCCUAUUCUUUCUUUUUGUUUUUUUGUCUGUUUUGAGUUCUCAGAUGUUUUUGUUUAGUAGGGGUGGUGCGGUGGAGGAGCGGGGGUUUGUUCAGGAGAUGAUAGAAAAAGUUGUGUAUGGCCCCGCCAUGGAUGGCGCAUGGGUAAACUUCAUCAAUCUUAAUCUAAUGGGUGGGUCAAGGAGUUGGGGUGUGGUUACUCUGCACACGGGGUGUGUUUACUCUGCACACAGAUGUCACUUGGAAUCUGAACUUACCCCAUUUACUUUGCAAAAAGAAAGAGUCGUGCCUAUGCCUUUUUCUUUCUGGGAUGACUUGGCCUCUUGCUUUUGUAUUUUGACUCUCUCUCUAUCAGCUUCCUUUGUUUUCUGGAUAAUUUGGGAAAAGGUAGUGCAAAAAGUUGAGUUAAAGUUGUUUCAAAACUCUUAUUGACAUAUUGAGUUAGGAUUUGUGGAAGGAAGAAAAAAAGAAAAUGAAAAUGAGUUUACGUAACAAUGCAUGUACGUAAAUAAUUUGAUUGUCUGGUUAUUUUUCUUUAUGUCAAAAAAAAAAAAAAAAAAACCCUUCUUCCUUGCAUUGCCUUAGUGAUUAUGUCACAUGAAACUUUUGAGCCUUCUUCCCUGCUAAUCUAAGUUACUUUUAGUGCCUCCAUUCUGUGGGUCCUGCCUCGCCAGAGCACAUACUUAAAUCUGUGUAGUCCAAGUUACUAGUAUGCUUUUGUUGAGAAGUUCUGUGUUAACUGAUACCCAACACUUGGUGUUUAUACUCCUAAAUUGCAUGAUUGUUACUUUGUAUUAGUUAAGUAGAGGAAACUACAGAUAUUUGGAAGUACAAAGCCAUAUAAAUUCCUGCUGGCAGAAGGAUCUAUGCUUUUGUGUAUAAUCUGCGGGUGACUGUCCUGCUUCUUGUUUUGUAUGAGCAAAAGCUUCUUAAUUUUCCUUCUGCAAUUGUUGGCAACCAUAUGGGAAGCGGCAACACCUAUACUAGUUUUAGUUUCAUACCCUUGUGGUGAUCUACUCCCCAUGAAAAUCUGCUUGAGUUUUCCACUGCUUUCCUCCAUCUUUGUUAUUGUUACUAUUCUUCCUCGGAAUCUCUCUGACCUGAACGCAGAUAAACAAGCCCUUCUUGACUUUGCUGCUGCUGUUCCUCAUGGUCGAAAACUCAACUGGAACGCUGCUGCCCCUGUUUGCACAUCUUGGAUAGGCAUCACUUGCACUGCAGAUGGCAGCCAUGUGCUCGCCAUUCGACUUCCUGGUGUUGGGCUCUCUGGCCCCAUCCCUGCCAACACUCUCGGGAAGUUGGAUGCCUUGGGGGUUCUGAGCCUUCAUUCCAAUCUGCUCAGUGGAGAUCUUCCUCCUGAUAUCUCCUCCCUCCCUACUCUUCGACACCUCUUCCUCCAGCAUAACAACUUCUCUGGUGAAAUUCCAGCCUACUUUUCCUCAAAACUCCGUGUACUGGAUCUCUCAUUUAAUUCCUUCACAGGCAUCAUUCCAGUUGCAUUUCAGAAUUUGAUGGAGCUCACUGGAUUGAGUCUCCAAAGCAACUCCCUUUCUGGACCUAUUCCAAAUAUCACCUUCCCAAGGCUCAGGCAUUUGAAUUUAAGCUACAACCAUUUUAGUGGCUCUAUUCCUUCUUCCCUUCAAAAGUUCUCCAAAUCUUCAUUUGUUGGAAACCGUCUCUUAUGCGGUCUGCCUCUAAAUCGAUGCUCCCCUAUAUUCCCUUCACCUGCCUCUACAUUAUUCCCACCACCCAGAGUUCCUCACAGAAAGAGCUUCAGGAAGAAGCUCACAAAGGGAGCAAUCAUUGCCAUUGCAAUUGGAGGGCCUGGCAUGCUGCUUCUUGCUGGUUUAAUCUUACUAUUUUUCUGCUUGAAGGAAAAGGGUAGUGAGGGUAGCAGUGUAUCGAAAGGAAAGGCGGCCUCUAGUGGUGGGAGGAAUGAGAAGCCCAAGGAGGAGCUUAGGAGUGGGGUCCAGGAUGCUGAAAAGAACAAGCUGGUUUUCUUUGAAGGCUCUUCUUAUAAUUUUGAUGUUGAGGAUUUAUUAAAGGCUUCAGCCGAGGUGCUGGGGAAGGGAAGCUUUGGGGCUGCAUAUAAGGCUGUCUUGGAGAGAGCAACUACAGUGGUGGUAAAGCGGUUGAAAGAAGUAGUGUUGGGGCAGUGGGACUUUGAACAGCAGAUGGAGAUUAUAGAUAGAGUUGGGAAGCAUCCAAAUGUUGUGCCUCUCCGCGCUUAUUAUUACUCCGAGGAUAAGAAGCUCCUCGUUUACGACUAUAUGCAAUCUGGCAGCUUGUUUAUGCUCUUGCACGGAAAUAGGGUCAGUGGGAGACCUCCACUAGAUUGGGGUUCAAGAGUGAAGAUUUCCCUCGGGGCUGCAAGAGGCAUUGCUCACAUUCAUGCAAUGGGUGGCUCAAAAUUCAGCCAUGGAAAUAUCAAGUCCUCAAAUAUCUUCCUAAACCAGGAUUCAGAAGGCUGCAUCUCUGAUUUUGGCCUAGCUCCCCUCCUGAACUUUCCCCCCAUUCGAACCCGACAUGGAGGAUAUCGCGCUCCUGAGAUGAUUGAAACGCGCAAGCACACUCAUAAAUCAGACGUGUACAGCUUUGGCGUCCUGCUUCUUGAAAUGCUGACCGGAAAACAGCCAAUCCAGUCACCGAGGCACGAUGACAUGCUGGAUCUUCCCAGGUGGGUGAGUUCAGUCAUUAGGGAGGAAUGGACAGCCGAGGUUUUUGAUGUUGAGUUGAUGAGAUUCCACCACAUCGAGGAAGAGAUGGUGCAGAUGCUGCAGAUUGCCAUGGCUUGUGUGGUGAGGAUGCCGGACAUGCGCCCCUGCAUGGAUGAGGUUGUUAGGAUGAUUGAAGAAAUCCGGCAACCCGACUCGGAGAACCGGCCGUCUUCCGAAGAGAACAAAUCCAAGGACUCAAAUGUGCUGACGCCAUGACCGACGAUUCCACUGUAUGUACCAUUCUUUGUUCUAUCUAUAGUCAAUUCCGAGGAAUUCAUUAGACUGAAGGUACACAUAUGCAUGCAGCAGCAGCUUCUUUGAACUUAUCUUAACCCCCAAAAGUUACUCGGGAGGGAUUGUAUUGUGCGCAAGUUUGGCUGUUAGUUUUUGUGCGCUCUUUUUCAGUUUUUUUUUUGUUUUAUUCCAACAUUAAAAACUGAACCUAUCAUUUGAUUCCUUUCUUUAGUUGUCAAAAAUUUGUACAUGAUUCGUUUU